AUGGAGGAAACGAACGCAUUCUCGCCACUCAAUCAAUUCAUCAUGCAGCAAAAUGCAAUUUCCCCGACAAAAACACAAAUCGACGAGAAACUGAUGGAGUUGGUUCGCAGCUUUCAAAAUCAGACUGCACAAAAUAUCCCGACUGGACUCACGGAGAAUAUGCCACAACUGCCUGUUAUGAUCCCAAGAAACGAACCACAAGGAGAUCAAAUGUUGAAGGCGUCGCCGUCCGCUUCGUCGGAGCUCAGCUCACCGGGAAGUGGUGAAAUGACAGAGCACAUGCUCUUGAUGCAACAACAUCAACAACAGAUGCAGAAGCAACAAGGAUUCCAACCUCUCCAGCAGUUGUCCAUCGACUCUUCAGAAGCAAAUAUUGCGGCUGGAGCUCUUGCGAGUGCUGAACAACGCUCUAACGGACACUGCGAAAGCUGGGCCGAGUGUUUCACAACGACGAGACUAGUUGAGUAUGAAGCACUCCUUUUCUCUGUUUACGUCACCGAACGAAGCGAUCGCAAAUACGAUGGAUGGACUUAUUUCGACUGUCUCCAUCGUCUUCAGAGCAAGUGUCGUUAUCGGGUUCGUGCCAAGAAGCAAGACGAGUUCUACAUUGUUGAGGAGAAAUGUGUGCACAAUCAUGGAGCAGUUGAGCCAGUUGGACAGGCUGGAAGUCAUGCUGGAUUGCCAAAAACGAUUCGUGAGAUUGUCGACCGCUCUUACAAUGAGAACUGGCUUCUCGAAGAACGUACCAUCAAAGUCGACGAGGAAAUCAAACGUCUCGGAUUGCCAGAAAAUCCACGUCUUGGGCGUCAAAUCGACAAUCGUGUCGCCUAUUUGAGACGUGUCAAGAACCUUCAUGAGACUCGUCGAAUUCAGGAUCAAGUGAAUGGAUCGGGUAUUCAGGAUACGGAUCAGCUGACGGAGGCGUUGUACAAUCCAGCUGUUAUGCAGGCACUAAUGGAUCGAAAUGGAGGAAAAUUGACUGUUGGACAAGGAGUUGUCGAGCAACUCUUCGGACCACAGACAAUUGCGGAUCUCGUUUCGUCAGGACCAUCGACACAAGGAUCGGUUUCUGAGGAAGGGGAGAUGACGCCGUCACCGCCGUCAACGGAGAUGAAGGGACUCGAUCAACUUGCUAAGCCGAUGGCAAUCAACCCGACACCGGAAUUCUUUCAAUUCCUUCAACAACAACAACAGAAUCUGAAUGAACAAACAGUUGGAGCAGCUGUUCGAGAGAAUAUCAAAAUGAUUAAUAAGAACAUUGCAAAUCUUCAAAAUAUCCAGAAUACCCAGGGAACUCAUCUGAAUAUCAACGGAGGAAUGGAGAAUAUCCAAAACUAA